GUGCAUGCACAUUGUCACGGUCUCUCUGUCUUCCCUUUUUUGUUAGUUUCCAGAAAUUAUAAUUUUAGAAUCGUUAAAAAAUAAGUAAAUUUUUGCUAUUAGAAUCUGUAAUUUAGGAGAGAAACGAAGAACAUUUUAAUUAAUAUCGGAGGGGAAGGUGCAUGUUGGAGCUAAUUUUAAACAUAGAAAGAAGUAGAAGAUAAAAGGGACGCCAUUAAAGUUUGAUUUUAGAGAUCGAGAGGGAGAGAGGAUGAAAUCAGACAAAAAGCCUUGAUUGGAUUCUCCCGGCGGAGCAUUCUCUUCAACUUUUGUGAUUCUUGCAUUGUUCUUACUUCUUAUAGGGAGUAGAGCUGAUUCUUCGGACAUUCCUCUGUUCCUCUCUAAACAUAGGGACUGUCGCUUGCCAGUCUGGUCUACUGCUGUUGUGUGCAUUGUUUGGUUUAGCGAAUUUCGGGAUUCAUUGUGUGGGGGGAUCAAUGGUCCAUUGAUGUUUUUGGAUUUCGAUUUCUGGGUAUCUUAAUAUUCGCCCGAAGAUUGCGAUUCGUUCUUGUAAGCUAACACUUCGCGAGUUCAAUUGUAUAAUUUCAUAUGCUUAGUUUGGUUGCUGAGCAAUCCCAAGAACAGAGUUGAGAACAACUUCGAUUCUCACUACACCCACUUCAACCCAACCUAUGACCGGCAAUCAAAUCUAGUGCUAUUAUCAGUGUUUCUUUUCACUGUAGAACUGUAGAAAUCUACAUACUGUUUACAAGUUCUCGUUCCAGGUGAAGAAGAAACCCUUGAGCAAUGUUUACAGAAGGUCUUGACAGUAAUGCCCUGAAAUGGGUUCGAGAGGAGACUGCUGCUAGGAAGAGGCACGUGCCUGAUGCUGCUGGUAACCAAAGGAAUGGUGGUUGGGGAUUUGGAUUGCCUUCUCAAGCCAAGUUCCAAAGUGGGCAUUUGCCAUAUCGUUCGAUGCCGGUGGUGCGAGCAUCAGCAGUGAUUCCCAGUGAAUCUGAGUAUGGACCGGAUGAGGACUCGUCGGAGGAUGAGCGAUAUGGUGGCGGAUUCUCACUUGACUCAUCACCCCAGGAUGAUAAGCUCGCCAAUGGUGCGAGUGCCAGAUGCGUUGCUCCAUUGCAGGGGCAUGUGAAGCAAGGACAUGGUGUGCAGGGAUUGGAAGGUAAAGGUGUUGGGCACUCAGUUGGUCUGCUCGAAUCUACCGAUGAUGAAUCAUCAGAUUCUACUGCUGAAAUCUCAUCAACGCAAACCAACGGUGGUGGCAGAGCAGUUUGGAGGGCAAUGUAUCCAUCAGAUGGCUAUUGCUCCAAUGUUGGUUUUCAAGCAACCAUGGAAAUGGCAGCCAAGCAGGACUUUAGUGGUGGGUUGCAAAACAAGAAGCUUUGUGAUAAUGAUAUCCCCAGGACCCCUAGCGCACCUCCAUUUGUUGGAUCCUGUGAAGAAACCAAUGGAGUGGCUGAGCAAGUUCCAACUUCUAGAUCACAUGGUGUGAAUGCCCAGAACAGCAAUGGAAAUAGGACUUUUGACGCAUCUACAAGGAUUUCUGCUGACACGGAAACUGCUGCAUCAUCUUCUGUACCACUUCGCACCCCCACGUUUCAUGCAAGUGGGCAAGGUCCGUGGUGUGCUGUGAUUUCAUACGAUGCUUGUGUUCGGCUCUGUCUUCAUUCAUGGGCCAAAGGUUGCACAGAAGCGCCCAUCUUCUUGGAUAAUGAAUGUGCACUGUUGCGAAAUGCAUUUGGUUUGCAGCAAGUAUUAUUACAACCAGAGGAAGAACUACUGGCGACACAAUCUUCUGAGGUUGUCAGUGAGAGGUCUGCCCCAAAACCUAAAAAAAGUAUUGGGAAAAUGAAAGUGCAAGUGCGUAAAGUGAAAAUGGAUUUAGACCCACCUACAGGCUGCAGCUUUACAUCUUUAAAAACACGGAAGCAAAAAAUCGAAUUUCUUCAGUUUCAUGCAUCCAAUUUAAAAUCAACACUUUCUUCUCGGUGGGAAGCUCUUCGAAAAGUUCGUGUGACUACUCAGAUUCCUGCCAAUGGUUCUUGUUCACGCCAAGGCUUGGCAUAUUUUUAUUUAGUCACUGAGUAUAUUAAAGAGGCCUAUAAUGUGACUACUAUGCGCAACAGUUCAACAUCCCAUGAAGUGGUGCCAGAAACAUACUCUUGCUUAUUGAGGUUGAAGAGUUCGUCUGAGGAAGAUGCGGUUCGAAUGCAACCUGGUUCUGGCCAAACUCAUGUAUUCUUUCCUGAUAGUCAUAAAGAUGAUCUGAUUAUCGAAGUUUACGAUUCUAAAAGAAAAUUUGUUGGUCGUGUCAUUGCUCAAGUGGCUGCUAUUGCCGAUGACCCUGUUGACAAGUUUCGCUUUUGGCCUCUACAUCAUGAGCCAGAGGAUGAACGCAUUGGUGAAGUGCAACUAUACAUCAACUACUCAACUACUCCUGAUGAGAAUAGUCAUCUUAAGUGUGGUACUGUUGCAGAAACUGUGGCAUAUGACUUGGUUUUAGAGGUUGCAAUGAAAGUUCAACAUUUUCGUCAGAGAAAUUUGUUGCUAUAUGACCCAUGGAAGUGGUUAUUGAGUGAAUUUGCAUCUUACUAUGGCGUGUCUGAUGCAUAUGCUAAACUUAGAUAUCUUUCAUACGUUAUGGAUGUGGCUACACCCACUGCAGAUUGCCUAAUCUUAGUUCACGAUUUUCUAUUUCCUGUGCUUAUGAAGGAUGGCAACAAUAAGCGCACUUUGAGUCAUCAAGAGAAUCGCAUCCUUGGGGAGAUCGUGGAUCAAGUUGAGCAGACUCUUGCUUUGGUUUUUGAGAAUUACAAGUCACUUGAUGAAUCAUCACCAUCAGGGUUGAUGGACAUUUUCAAGCCAGCAACUGGACUGGCAGCUCCUGCAUUGGCACCUGCCAUAAAAUUAUACUCUCUUCUACAUGAUAUAAUAUCUCCUGAGGCACAGUUGAAGUUAGUCAGAUAUUUUCAGGCUGCUGCAAAGAAAAGGUCAAGAAAACAUGUGGCAGAAACAGAUGAGUUUUUUUCAAGUAAGAAUGAGAAUAUAUUGCUGGAUUCUGUAACUCAUUCUACUGCUUACCAGAAGAUGAAAUCUGUUUGUUUGAGUAUUAGACAUGAAAUCUUCACCGACAUUGAGAUUCACAAUCAGAAUAUACUCCCCAGUUUUAUAGACCUCCCAAAUCUUUCUUCGCCCAUAUAUAGUUUAGAUCUUUGCAGUAGGAUACGUGCAUUCCUGGUUGCCUGUCCACCAUCUGGGCCAUCCCCUCCUGUAGUAGAACUUGUUAUUGCUACAGCAGACUUGCAAAGGGAUCUUGCGUCCUGGAAAAUCAAUCAUGUUAAAGGUGGAGUUGAUGCCAAAGAAUUGUUCCACUCAUAUAUAAGCCUUUGGAUUCAAGAAAAGUGUACUGCCUCACUUGAGACAUGCAAACUAGAAAAGGUAAAGUGGUCUGGCAUUAAAACAAAACACUCAACAACUCCCUUUGUUGAUGAUAUGUAUGACCGGCUGAUGGAAACAAUGAAUGAGUAUGAAGUCAUUAUUUCUCGCUGGCCAGAAUAUAUAUUUCCUCUGGAGAAUGUGCUUGCGGACAUUGAGAAGGCAGUUGUGGAAGCUCUGGAUAAGCAGUAUGCUGAUGUUUUAUCACCGUUGAAGGAGAAUUUGACGAACAAGGUAUUUGGGCUCAAAUAUGUGCAGAAAAUUGCAAGAGGAACCAUAGUGCACUAUACUGUCCCUGAUGAGUUGGCAGUUUUUCUGAAUUCCAUGAGAAGGAUGAUAGAUGUGUUGCGGCCCAAGAUAGAAACCCGGCUGAAGUUGUGGGGUUCUUUCAUCCCUAAUGGUGGAAAUGCGGUGCCGGGAGAGCAUCUCAGUGAAGUAACUGUGAUGCUGAGAGCAAAAUUCAGAAAAUAUCGGCAAGCAGUUGUGGAGAAACUUGCUGAAAAUACAAGGAUACAGAAUGCAACUACAUUGAAGAAAAUUAUCAAAGAUUCAAACGUCACUGUAGUAGAAUCAGACUUUCGGAGUAGAAUGCAGCCUUUGAAGGAGCUGCUAACGUCGACAUUAGAUCACCUCCAUAGUGUCUUUGAAGCUGAUGUGUUCAUUGCAAUAUGCCGUGGUUUCUGGGAUCGAAUGGGACAGGAUCUACUAAGCUUUUUGGAGAGCAGAAGAGAAAAAGGAUCUUGUUACAAGGGUUCUCGAAUUGCAGUUUCUAUUUUGGACGACAUAUUUGCGUCACAAAUGCAGCAGCUGCUGGGCAAUGCAUUACAGCAGAAAGACUUGGAGCCACCCAGAUCGAUAACGGAUGUGCAUUCUGUGCUCUGUAAAGAUGCCCAUAAACAUGGCGAUGAUAGUAAUUACUAUUAUUAGAAAGGGCUAAUUUUCCAUUGGCAGAUAAUAUAUUCAAGUUUUGACAGAUACUUUCGGGUUUUAUAGAUCGAAAUAGGAUGGAGGAGAGCACUGGAAGUGAAAAGCGGGAGAGAAAUGGGGUUCCAGUUUUUGUAGUAGGGCCUCAGAGCUUGUUUCUGUAGGGUUGCUAUGCUCUCCAUGGCAACUGGUGGUGGUUAUUGCCCCACCCCAACCCCCACCAAAACCAUCCCUGCCAAAAAGAGAAAACAGAGAGGAAUUUUAGAAAACAUAUUUUUGUUUUAACAGAGUUCUUUUACCAUGUCGUGCAAGUAUAUGUAUAUAUAAUGCUCAGAGUAAGGGUAAGUUUCUUUCUCAACCCCAUUGUAGCAUUGUCAUUAUUGCUCAUUAUUAAUUAUCACCCUCUGGAUUCGAGUAAA